AUGGCUGAUAAUGUAUUUAAUAGUCUAUCUUUUGACUACAUGAAGUCAUCUAUAAGAAAAGAUGUUAUUGAAAAUGAAGAAAAAAAAGAAUUAAAAAAACAACUUAAAAGAAUUGCAAUUUUAUUAGAUUCAGAACAUGAUUUACAAUUAAAAUUAAAUGGAAUAAAUGAUGUUGAUAUAGAAAGAUUAAUUUAUUACCUAAAAUUUGAUAAUGAUGAAAUUUUUGAAGAUGAUAGUAAUAAUAAUACAAGUCAAAUUAAAUUAAAUGAAAUACCUACUGAUGAAAUAUUAAAAAUAUUAAAUAUUCAUAAAAAAAAUAAUGAAAAACAUAAUAAAAAUAACCUUGUAUCAAAAAAAUUAUGGAAUUUUAAUAAAAAAUUAGAAAUAAAAGAAAAUUCAAAAAAUGUGAAACCUUUAGCCUUCAAUGAGAAUUAUAAAAUUACUGAGAAUUUAGAUAAUAUGCUCAUAAAGUACAAAUUUAUACAUAACAAUAAAAUAACAAAAAUUUCAAAGAAUAACAAAGAAAUAGAAAUAAAUACAAAAAAAGAAUCUGAUGACAAGUAUAGAAAAAAGAAUUUUAAUUUUAAUAGAAAAUUUACUUUAUUGUAG